AUGCUCGGAUCACCACCAUGGGCCCAUGGCCAAUCUUCACCAUCAUCCAACAAGGGAAGACGCCACCCAGAAGCACUACACACCCGCAAGCCCUCCCUCACCAACUCCGUCUCCAGCAGCGACUCCUCAUCAACACAAUCAACCCGCUCAACAGCAACCAUGCGCCACACAAGAGUCCUCGACUUUGACCCCCUCUCACUACACCCGACCUUUCACGCACCACCAAGGCUCUACGAGCGGCCUUUUAUCCACAACUCCCAGUGCAUCGAGGACGAGGUCAUCAACUCGUACUUCUCGAGCCAGGAGGCGGCGGCAGCCGCCGAAGACAAGGCAAAGGCCUCCUUUGCCGCCGCCAUCCCCGAUAUGCCCGUCCCGCCGGUCGACUCUCCCCGGACGCCGAUCCAGCAGCAGGAGAGAUCCCGAGAACACGCCGCCGAGGGCGACGACUACUUCCUCUUCAAGGUCCAGCAGCACAUCGCCGCCACGAGGCCGCAACUGCCGCGGUCCCACUGGUCCGAGUCGACCAUCAACACCAUGGCAUCUCAGCACGACGACGAUGAGGAGUCCUCCGAGGACGGUAGCAUUGUCGACGAUGAGAGGCCCGUGAGGGAGUCGCAGUGGCAAAACUUUUCUAUGAAGCGCAGCUCGCCUUCGACAGUGAGACGGCCAGCAAUGAAGUCUCUGGACAGCGUCGAGGACUUUAUCAAGCGCGGUGGCUGGAAGAGGCGUGGCAUUGUCUUUGAGCAAGAAGGCGCCCGAACUUCCAACACAUUGUUCUAA